CGUCAGCGUGAGCAGCGCGCGAUGUGUGUACUUUCAUAUUUUACACUGUGAAGCGCGUUAGUCGAUCACUGCACACUGGAUGUACCUGCUAAAGAAACACCUUUCAAGGCGCCCAGGGCGGAAAAUGGGACACCUUAGCUCCAAACUUUUAAUCUAACAGGAGUAUUGUUGCUUGUUACAGAGUCUGGAUUGCUGACAUGGCAGUAGACGCGGCCUCCAGUUUUACUUUCUGUCGUCCUGCAGUGGAGUACAGGGCUCUUCCAGAGGAUUUUAAGUACCAGCUGAGUCGUUGUGCAGGUGGAAACCUUACCUGGCAUGAAGGGCACAGCCGCAAAACAGCCGGCGGCCGAACGGUCAAACUACUGCAACAGCCUGGAACCGAAGGACUGCAGUUACGUUCAGGUGAAUCGUACUCUGUUUACCACACCAGCCCAACCUUGCCGUGUCUCUCCAGGCCAGUGGUUUUGUGGUCUCAGCAGGAUGUGUGCCGAUGGCUGAAGAAACACUGUCCACACAACUACUUAACCUACGUUGAAGCCUUCUCUCACCACGCCAUUACAGGCCGUGCUCUCCUGAGAUUGAAUGGCGAGAAGUUGGAGCGGAUGGGUUUGGUUCAGGAGACUCUGAGACAAGAGCUUCUCCAGCAGGUUCUGCAGCUGCAAGUACAAGAGGAAGGGCGCAACUUACAGCUGCUGAGCAGAGGGCUAUCCGGAAACCUGUCAUAGCUUCAACCAUGCGUGGGGCAGUUUUACCAGACUGGCUGCACUCUGAAGGGACAUCAAUGUGUCUGGUCGGACUGAGGCCAGAGACAUUUGACUGGAGCUGUCAUGGACUGGGACAAGGGGACAGGUUUCAGUUAUACAGCUCAACCCCCACAUUCUCACUAUGCUUAAAGAAAACCCGUACCAGAUGAGACCUGCAAAAGGAGCUUUCAUGUGCACUCGUGAUUUAUAUCUACCCCAAAUCUGCUUCAAAAUGCAAACAUAAAAUGCAGAGGAUUCUCAAAUCUUCAUAUCUGAUAAAGGAGGACCCAGCUGGCUGUACCAAAGCUCCAUGGAUUUUGUAAAAACUCGGAUCCACUUUACAGUCUACAGGACCUUCUACAGUGAUGUCUGGUAAUAGUGCCAGAACUGAUUAUAUUAUGAACUUUGCCCACAGAAACAGGCUUGCUAACUAUUUUCUGCUGGAAUGUGACCUUGCCAGACGUGCCCUCAAACGUGCCCGUCAAGAUUGUGUUACUACGUAAACAAAAUGUGUCGGGAUCCUGCAGGUGUUCCAGGAAUCAUUUGACAUUAGAGAUCAACCUAAAUAAUUAAAACCCACAUUUGUACCGUGAACCCAACUGGACAGAAUAUUUUAGUGGGUUGUUUUUUUCUUCUGAAAACGUGCUUUUUAUCUUCAAUCCCUUCUGUCCUAGGACGAAAAGAUAAAAAAAAUGUUCCCCAUGUGACAAUGACGACAGCAUUUAAGGUAAAAUGAUAAAUAUCUUUGGUCACAGAAGGGUGUGUUUAUGUUGCGUAAAUCACAAAGCUCUGUAAGUGUCUGAGAAUUGCAGAUGACAGAUAUAAAAAAAAAAAACAGUGACAUACUGCAUUGUAGCCUAAGAAAGACUCAAGUGUGGACUUGCCCAAAAGACCAUUCAAAAUACCCACAUCAAAGCAUCAAGAUGAUACAGUGUCACAACCUGAAAGUGUUCUUGGACACGCAAAACUGCGUAAAUGUAUUAUUUUGUGAAGACUUUGAUUUUAAGUACUGAUAGGAUUCUGAGUUGCAGUCUUGUGACACCAUGACUCAGCUUAUAUUAGAUUUAUAAUAUAUAAUGAUAGAUUUGAUUACAAAUUCCCUUUCAAGGUUAGGCAGAAACAUUCUUCUAAUACUGUGUGAAAUGCAUAGGCAUCUAAGUUACUUUCCAGACAACAGUUUCUAAACUAGUUUAAGGAUUACCUUUACUUUGUGAAAAGCAAACGUAUUUGUCAUUUAUAAAAUAGGGAUUUGUUUGUUUUUCAGUCUGCAGCAGUUCAGAUUACACAAUGUGCUUUUACCCGAGGGCAGUGCUGUUCAUGUUAAAUCUGCAUUGUACAUUCCAUGCACUGUCACAUUUUUUACAUGACAUACCCUUUACCAAAAGAAAUAUUUGCAUUUUGUCAUAUAUUUGUAUGCUUUUCAGACCUACAGUUAAGGUCGGUUCUAGCUGAUAUAUUAAAUUAAUUUGUGAUUUUAAUAUUUAAAUUAAUUGUGCAUAUUUGUGUAUUGGACAUUUGCAUCCAGGUAAUUUUGCUUUUUACAUUUAAAAUAUUCUCUUCGAACAUAUUAUAUAUGACAGGUUGUUUGUGAUUGUUAUAAAGCAGCAUUUUUCAUUUCUUUUUAUACUUUUUGUUUGCGUGUAUGAGUAUGUGCGUGAUAUGGGAAUUAGUUCAGAGAAAACAAAACUCCCAGCUCAAGCUGUUUUGUGAACUUUUUAUUUAAAAUAAAGUAAGCUUGAACAACUUGCAUCAA